UCUCUGCAAGAUUCUGCGUGUUGAAGCGGCUGGCGACGGUGAUCUCCAGUGCAAAUUACCCCACAAGAAGGCAAAUACAGACACCUCGAAAAGAAAAACUUUUUAAAAAACUGCAACAACACACACAAAAUGCUGGUGGAACACAGCAGGCCAGGCAGCAUCUAUAGGGAGAAACACUGUCGACGUUUCGGGCCGAGACCCUUCGUCAGGACUACAGAUGCUGAAAAUCUUUCAGAGACGCUGGAGAUUCUACGCAUUCUGGGAAUCUUGAGCAACAUACACAACAUGUUGGAGGGACUUCUAUCAAGUCAUCUCUCAUUCUUGCCAAAGAGAAAAGACCAAGAUCACCCAACCUCUUCUCGAGAAAAGCUCUCUAAUCCAGGUUGCAUUCCUGGGAAACCGCCACUGCACCCUAACCCUCUAAAGCUUCCACAUGCACGCCAUAGAAAACCAUAAUCAGGUUUAACAUCACCGGCAUAUGUCGUGAGGUCUAUUUAGGCACAGGAAAAACCGAAAGAGCUGGAGACCGUACAAGGGGAAGGACCGAUCAAACCAGGAGACCAGGUUUACGUGUGAGUUUUUCAGAGAAAGUGAAAUGAGCCGAGAAGGGAAGGGUCCUUUACGGUGACCAAGGCGUCACCCACCGCAGUUCAGAUAGAAGGACGCUCCACCUGGUACCAUCUGAACCAUUGCACGAGGGCAGUCCCGCAAGGGCAAUCAGGUGAGGUGUCCGAGGUAAGUGAUGCGGAAGAGCAGUUAGCGGGAGACAGACAGGAGGAACAAGAAGCUGACACUGCACCGCCGGAGUUUGAUCAAUUAGUAAGGGAAAUUUUUGAUUCUGAGGACGGGCCCGAAGACCCCCAGGAUGUGGUGGUGGACAGUAGGGCUUCUUCAGAUAAUGGGGAUGAGCUGGGAACGACCAAUCGUGCCCUGGGGACAAAGCACCCACAAACUCCAGUGCAGACUUGGGAACCGUUAGUGUGGCAGAUAUGGAAUGGGAAUGGUAACCUGCAGAAAGGAAGUAAGAGGAGCACAACACUUACCUCCUCGCCAUGGUUAAAGACACGGACUAAUCAGUGGUAUCAAUGGGCAACUUACACGGCAGGAAUGAUGAAGAGACAGAAUUGCUACCUGUGCUCAAGGGAAAGCCCCACUCAGCAUGUAGUCCCCAUGCCUUAUAACUCCUCCACUUGCACGCAGUGGCGAAGAGAGCACAGGGAACAAUGCGAACGACAGUGUCCAGGUCCGGUUAGGGCUUGUUUCAUGAGGAUUUGCGUUAAAGCAGAUCCCUGCUAUCCCUGAGCUUAAGUUACCACUCAAUGCACUUUAGUAAACUAUUUAAGAACUUUUUAAAAGCUAUUUAUUAAUGCUUUUUGGGAGGGUGAUUUUAGAUGCAUAUCAUAUUUAUACUGAGUUAAAUACUGUAUGUAAUUAGUUUUGCUACAAUAAGUGUAUGGGACACUGGAAAAAUGUUGAAUUUCCCCUUGGGGAUGAAUAAAGUAUCUAUCUAUCUGUCUAUCUAUCUAUCUAUCAAAACUGUCUGAACAAUGCACCAAUGUGCCCCUAUUGGUGUGUGCUAUAUCAGGCUUCCUCGCAGUUUGAUCAAAGCAAGCUUGCCUCUGAAUGCAAUUACAGCAGACCAUGGGCUAUAAGUAAAAGAAGCCAGACACCUACACUGCAACAGCUUAUAAUGCAGGACCAUCUGAAUUAUGAAUGUUUCAUGCGGGUGGGCACUCACCUGGUCGGCCACUUCCGAGGCAACUGCACUCAGACGUGGGAUGUAACCUCAGGUAAAAGACACUUGACGGGUUCCCCUCCUCCCGAGGGUGCAAUGGACUCUCAGACUAUCCCAUUAGCAGACAUUUGGUGGCUGUGUGGACAGGAAGGAGGUCUGAGAUCUACGCUCCCCCUCAGGUGGGAAGGAACGUGUACGAGUGUCAUGCUGCUUCAGGAAGUUAUAAUGUCCCCUGAAGUACAGUCCAAUGCUAACUUCCCUGAGCAGCGGACUCUGCUACGGCAGAAGAGAAAAUAUGACCCGGACCCGACAAUCCGGAUUGACAGUACAGGGCAGCCGAGAGGUAUACCUAACGAAUUCAAGGCACGAAAUGAGAUUGCUGCAGGCUGGGAAGCUAUCAUACCUGUGAUAGGGGUAAGCAAAAAUGUUGAAUGGAUAAACUAUGUAUACUAUAAUCAGCAGAGAUUCAUCAAAUAUACCGAUGAUGCACUGGAGGCCUUAGGGCAACAGCUGGAUGCAACUAGCAGGAUGGCGUGGCAAAACAGACAGGUACUGGAUUGGCUUUUGGCAGAAAAAGGGGGUGUGUGUGUAAUGUUUGGAGAACAAUGCUGCACUUUCAUACCAAACAAUACUAGCACAGAAGGGUCUUUCACCAGAGCAAUGAAUAAAUUAAAGAAUCUGCGGACGGAGGUCAAACAGAAUGCAGGGUUUGGACAUAAGUUCUUUGAUUGGUUGGAAAAUAGACUCGGAGGAUGGGGAGCAUGGCUGACUAAAAUGGCAAUAACUGUCAGUAUUGUAUUGUUGAGCUGUGCGCUUGUGCUGUGCUGUUUUCUUCCUUGUCUCAAAUCUCUUAUAGUGCGUGAUGCAACCAAACAAUUUCCGAUGCUCGUGGCAAUUACUGAAGCAAGCUUAGUGGAGAAAGAAACACCGAAAAUGUAUCGUUACAGCCUACAACACCUGCAGGAUGAACAAGAGCAAAACGACAGUGUGGGAGGAGAUUGUAAGGGCUUCUGAGUCUUUUUCCCUGUCUCAGGUACAGAGGGACAGGUUUUUGGCUCAGCGGCCCAGGGUAACACAGAGAGAAUACUUUGAGGUCUUGACGCAGAAAAUUAUAGUUUACCCAAGAUUUGGGAAUAAAUGCUUGAGUUUAUUGGGGCUUUUAUGCGCAGACUCUCAGUCUUUUCUCUGUGUGAGACCCUCUGGGUCUCAAAGGGGGGAUAUAUUGGAGUAUAAAAGUUGCAACUUGCUAUUUGCUAGAGAAUGAAAUAUUAAGAAUGUAGAAGACAAUGGUGUGUUAAUGAAAGGUAGCUAAGAGAUGUCGAUUAGAAAAUCUGAGUUUGCUAUUUGCUAUGCAUGUACCCAAUUUAGUAGGAGAAUGAAAUAUUAAGAAUGUAGAAGACAAUGGUGGGUUAAUGAGAGGUAGCUAAGAGAUGUAGAUUAGAACAUGAUUAAGUCAAUGGGUAGAAACAAUAGUGGCGGAUGUACGUGUGAUACGCAACUGUAGACCGAUUGCAUAUGCUAAUGCAACUAAACCAGGAGAUUGCUAUAAAAAAUGCUAUGUCCAAAGAUCGGUGGGCAAUCAGCGACUAGCUCAAUGAUUGCCUCAGCUUUGAUUUGCAAAUUAAAGUUUAACCCUUCUUGAAGAAUCUUCUGCAUCUCCUAAUUAUUUGUAGGGCACGAGAAACCACGACAAUACUAGGCAUUAAUGUCCAGCCUCGCUGAUGACUGGCUCCUGAACAGGAAGGCUGAAAGUCUGGAUUCACUGAUUUGCGAACCCGGGGGUCAUCGCAACUCGUGCAUCCUGCUCGCAUGGAACUCUUAAUCGGA